AUGAAACACAACAUGGCACAACUUCUUGUGAAAGAAACAGGCAUGGCCGAAGCACCUUUAGCCACAAAAUCCACAACAAAACCCCAAUGUUUCACAGAACUCAAUCAGAGGUGGUUAUUUGAGCAAUUAAUCAUUGGAUUUGUGAUUGGACCAGUUUCUGAUGACCUUCUUGAUGUGUGUGAAACUUUUUACAGUGGCUGGCUAUUCUCAGCAACCAAACUUGUGAACCCUUUCUUUGCCCUUCUGGACGCAGAGGUUGCUCACCGUCUGGCUGUCUCAGCUGCAGCACGUGGAUGGGUUCCAACGGAGAAGAGGCCAGAUCCAACAAUAUUAGGACUAGAAGUUUGGGGAAGGAGGUUCUCCAACCCUAUUGGCCUUGCCGCUGGUUUUGAUAAAAAUGCUGAGGCUGUUGAAGGAUUACUUGGUUUGGGCUUUGGAUUUGUGGAGGUUGGCUCAGUAACUCCUGUUCCACAAGAGGGUAAUCCAAAGCCACGUAUCUUCAGAUUGCCUCAGGAAGGUGCUAUAAUCAAUCGGUGUGGCUUCAAUAGCGAAGGUAUUGUCGCUGUUGCAAAGCGAUUGGGUGCGCAGCAUGGUAAGAGAAAGCUAGAUGAAACAUCAAGCACGUCAUCUUCGUCCAGUGAUGAAGUCAAACAUGGAGGGAAAGCUGGUCCCGGAAUACUUGGGGUCAACCUGGGAAAGAAUAAAACAAGUGAAGAUGCCACUGCGGAUUAUGUACAAGGGGUUCAUACAUUAUCUCAAUAUGCUGACUACUUGGUUAUAAAUAUUUCAUCACCUAAUACCCCUGGGCUGCGCCAGCUUCAGGGAAGAAAACAGUUGAAGGACCUUGUCAAAAAGGUUCAAGCCGCUCGCGAUGAAAUGCAAUGGGGUGAGGAGGGGCCACCACCAUUGCUUGUGAAAAUUGCUCCAGACUUGUCUAAGCAAGACCUUGAAGAUAUUGCAGCGGUUGCUCUCGCUCUCCGCUUGGAUGGAUUGAUCAUAUCAAAUACAACCAUUGCAAGACCAGAACCCGUAAAUAGAUACCCAGUGGCUGAAGAAGCUGGUGGCCUGAGUGGGAAGCCUCUCUUUAUUUUGUCCACCUCUAUCCUGAAGGAGAUUUAUGUUUUAACAAAGGUGUGUUACUUAUCUCGCUAG